UUGUUCAUCAAGCUCACGACCUUUUUUUGCUAGAUACCUGUCGUUUAGGCUUUCUGUCUUCAUACAGCAGAAGAUGGCUUUCCUGAGAACGCUAUCGAAUACGAUUAAGAAGAUUCGACCAAGUACCGACAAUUUUCGACAAAUUUUUACCGAAAUAAAAUACGACGAGUUACUUCCACCGACGAUCAAAUGCCGGAAUGUUCAAUUUCUUCCGGGAUCAGAAUCCAAAAGUUUUCCAGAAUUCCUUUCUAAAAAGGCGAAUCCUCUCUUUCAUGCAAUAAAAAUAGAAAGAAAUAAGGAUCUAACAAAGGAGUCUACACAAUUACUGCGUGGUUAUCUGGACGAUGCAUUAAAAGAAUAUGCAGCAGUCUUAAUAAAGGGAUUACCCAUUUCAGAAACGCAUCACUUCAACGAGUUUACUAAACAACUUGAAUAUAAAGACAUGACCUAUGCCAGCGGAAGCGGAUUCCGCGAACAAAUCGUUUCGAAUAUUUAUGGCGCCAGUGAUGACCCGGCAGAAUACACGAUUGAACCUCACAAUGAGAUGUCUGUUUUGGAUAAAGCGCCAAGCAAGAUCAUGUUUUGCUGUUUAUCUGAAGGCACAACUGGAGGAGAGUCGCCUGUUGUUUUCAAUCAAGACGUCAUGAGAGAUAUAAAUAAGGACGUGUUUCACAAAGCUAAAGAUAAAAAAAUACGUUAUUAUCGAAAUUUACCGCACAAGAAGAACUCACAAUAUAUAACCUGGCAAGGAACGUUUCUCACUGACAAAGAAGAGAAAGCAGAGGCAGAAAUGAAAGAAAAAAACAUCAGUUGGAAAUGGCAAGAAAACGGGAAUUUAACCAUAUGGAAUACCAUUCCUGCAACGAGGUUGCACCCUGUUACUGGAAAAGAAGUUUGGUUCAAUCAGAUUAAUGCGAAUCAUUAUACUUACUAUAAAUACCACCCUGAUUACACCACUCGUCAACAUCUUACUCCAUAUGAGUACCAUUACCACUGUUCGUACGGUGACGGCGAAGAAUUUGAAGAAAGUACUAUAGAUCAUAUUAGAUCUAUAACCUGGAAUAACGCAAUGGCGUUAAAAUUGCAGAGUGGAGAUGUUCUACUUUUAGAUAAUUUCUUAUGCCAGCACUCCAGGAUAGGUUACACUGGAGAUCGGAAGGUAGUCGUUCAACUUAUACAGUAAUGAUCACGAUUUAACUUUUUUGCGUGUGUAUUCAGACGUUUACUUCUUUACAUGCAUCUAGCAUAACAUAUUCAGUUGCCAGCUAACACAAUAUCGUACCAAACGGCUAAAUGUACUUAACUUUUUUCUUGUUUAAUUUUUUAAAUUUUUCGCGCCAAUUUUACUUUCGAUAUUAACAUAUAACAAUCACGAAUGAAAUUCAUUUGUUAGAAAAAGAAAACUGUAGCAACAUGGAGAUCUUACGCAAAGAGAACGGAGCGGCAGAACACGACUGUUUUUAUAACUUGUGCGUGUGUAUAUUGCAAGGGAAAUCCUCGGCGUCUUUUUAAAGGUUAUCACGUUAACAUUGUAAAAAAAGUGAGUUGUUUUCUUGGUCAUUUUAAAGUUUCAAGAUCUUUUGACAUGCACGCUUUCUGGUUUCUUAAAAUAAACACCAUUAAAACUAUUUCUUUUAAAGAAAUAAUUAGUUUAAUAUUUUGUUCUAUUUGACAAAAAUAUAUAUUUAAACGUCAAUCAUCUGAUUCGCAUAAGUAAGAAAAAGCAUCUGUUAACUUGCAGGGUCAGAGAUAAGCGCAUAUCGAUUCAUUUGAACUUUACUUAAAAAAUUUGUUUACAUUAGUUUACGCGCGCUAUAAGACAACGGUUGCAUCACUUGGUGCCGUCGUCACUUCUGCCGUCCUCUUUGCAUAAGGUCGCUAUCACAGUUAUAAAUAUACGUGAAAGCAGUUCAAAUGUUCUGUAGAUAAUAAUAAUGAUAAUAAAAUUCUUUAAGGUUAAUGUCUAUGUAUUGAAAAUACAUUCUGCUGGAGUUUCUGACAUCGGACGGCAAUGUUCGCAUUGUUGUUCCAAUGUUAGAAAAGACACAAGAUGCUCUAGGAACGAGAUUGUUUUAUACCCUUUCUUGUCUCGCUUAUAAAAAAAUGGUCCCAUUUCUCCAUAAACGCAAAGAAACUCAACUUUCUCACAUUUCUAACGAACGGCAAAAAUCCUGCUUGAAGUGCCGUUGAAAUUUUGUUGGUUAACAUACUCAAAACAAAAGAGUUGUUAAUCAUAUCAGCCCAUGAAGACAUUAACGAAAAUUAACUACGUUCAAUUUUGCUGCAUUACAUGAAAAAAAAAAGAUAAAAAUAUGUAAAGAGAUGAAAAGAAUUUAUUUUGAAAGCGCGCGUAAAAUAUGUCCCGAAAUCGAGAUUUCUCAACCACUCUUUGUCUCUUUUUUAUAACGGCCUCGCUGUCCCGUUAUAAAAAAAAUUCUUACUUGUAUUCUUCCGUAAAAUGUGACAUAUAUGAUGAGCAGACUUACCACAAAUGAUAAAUUUAAAUUAGAAGUUAUCUAAUGUUAAAAACAUAAAUGUAUACUUUUAAAAAGAAAGCAAAUCUGUCUGGAAGAUUAUUCUAUGAAA